AACCCCCUGGCAACGAAUAACUGUGCGACGUUGACGAAGCGGCAUCGGGAGAAAUAGAAACUCACUGUCGGAAGAGUCGGUGAAUCGGCCAGCACCGGACCGGGCUGUUUCGGGACUGCGAAUUCUCGACAAAGCACCUGUACUGCGUCAUCUCCUUCAACGCACACUUGGUCAGGUCGACGUCGGCGCCUCCCGGCAGCUUGCGCUUCUUCCCCUUGACAUCGGCUUGGACGUGCACGUCAAGUUUCGACGGUGGGAACGCGGCACACGGCGGCGACAUUUUCUGGCGGCGACGGCGACGGCGCCCGAUAUGGAAAUGGAGAUGCCCUCGGCGGCGGCUCUAGCCGGGGCAAGGCUGCUGGGCGAAAUCGAGGAGACGAGUCUAGAUGAGAUACUGCAUGCCCUCCGCAUAGCGGUUAAUCCCGAUGCACCAAUAAAUAAACUAAGGCACCCAAAGUCGUAUCCCGUUCCCGGCCUCGACGAUCUCGUCCAUCGCAACUUUCGUGCGACAAAGUCCGCGCCGUUGGCUGUGACCGGCCGCCAGCUCCCGCUCGUCUACGCACUCGUCUCGACGCUUUUGUCACAUCCGCACAACAAGACGGUACUGAUCAUCGACACGGAGUAUCGCUUCGACGCAACUCGCCUCCUUUGUGACCCAGACGACCUGCGCCACGCCUACGUGCAUCGUCCAGCCCGCCGUAGCACUACCGCCAAUAGCCGCAGCGGCGGAAGCGGGAGCGGGAGCGGGAGCGGAGGCGGCGCCGGCAUUGGCAUCGGCGCGGAGCAAACCCGGGAGCUCGUCGCCGCUGCUGAGAAUUGGAUGCUCUACGGCGGCCACCACAGCGGCGCCCGGGAGUGGUGGGGGACCAUCGUCAUCGGCGCCCUCGGGGCCGGGGACGUGACGGCCGCCUGGAAAGGCUGGCUGCGCGUCGACCGCGAGUAUGUCCCGGGAUUUUCCCUCGGCUGCAGCGCGACGGAGGCUGUGAAGGACCGUCGGCAACGCCAGGAAGCCGUCGGUGCUGCGCCGUGGGCGGCCUCUUCGCAGUGGGGUAGUUUCACAUUCACAGAAUCUCACUCUAGCACUACGACGCCCAAGUCCAGGGAUCCGAGGGAUUUGAAGCGUGUUACUGGUACCGACCGAUAAGUGAUGCGGAGGUUACAGAGGAGGGAGCUAAGGAGGAGUGAGAAGACGGAGAACGAGUCGCACCAUGUGGAGGUGGGGAUUGGGAGGAGUGUGCACAUAGCAAACAAGCGUAACGGACACUCCUUCUCUGCGAACACCUAUUCCGUACAUGUACUUCUUCCACUCUUCUCACUUCCAGAGGUCCAUAACUCGCGCGCCAACUCCUCCACUUGUUCCCCUCUCCUACUUCAUCGUUGAUCAGCAACCCGCGAAUCCAUUCUGCCCGUGAGGAAACCCAC